GACAUCCUUCGCUAGAUGGCGAAAAUGGCGGUCGCUUUCCAAAAGUGCGAGUUCUUGGCAAAAUCGCUGAUUUCCUUUCAAGAAAAGCCCCAGUAUCCCGGGCUUGUAAAUAGAGAUGAAAAUAUCCAAAUAUAAGGGGAAUAUAUUUAAAACUUUUAUGGGGACCUUCAAGUCUCCACUUUUUAUAACAGAUAUUACAUGGCGAUAGAAAUAUUUGUUUUGAACUGAGAGGAACCGAGAAACAUUUGAAUGACGUGAAAAUGGCCUUCGGUUCGUUGAAGUUGAAUUGGCUCGACCAUUUCGACUCCGCCUGGGUCAGUGAGGAUGCAUUAUCAGUUGUAACAAGAAAAGGAGUCGUGACUUUGUACGAGAAACUUUUGGCUAACAAGGAGGCAGUCUCUAUUCCACAAGCACCUUUGCAACUUCGUGGACCACAAUUACCUGAAUUUGAGCGAGGUACAGCUACUGACUACGAGCAAGAUCAAUUCCUAAAUGAGCUUCUUUCCAGCCAGCUUUCCCUGGCACGAAUAAUAUGUUCUGAUUCUCCGUUUUAUUCUACUUUACGCCGACGCGUUGCUAUCCUUCAAAGGAUAUACUGUGCAUUAUCUUCUAAGUUUCAUAACAAGGGAAAGUCGUUCUAUUCUGGAGUUAGCUUACAUUCAAGAGGACAGCCAAAAUCGAAGGAGAAAACAAGUGAGCCAAAAUAUGGUGCAGAUAUCCUUAUUGAAAUGGGCAUUAAAACAGGGUUGUCGUUGAUGUUUGCGCUUCUGCGUCAGUCGUGGAAUAGUGGGCAGGGGGUGCUAUGCAAUGAGGUGCUGCAAACAGCUUCCUCCGUCCUAACAGCCCUCCCCCCACUCUCUCUCGCCAACGAGUCUAAGAUGCCAGAGCUGGGCCUAGAGACCUUGGAACAAAUCAUGGAAUUCCUCAAAUCGGUUGUUUCAAGGCAGUCUGCAGCGGACGAUACUGGCCGCCAACUGGCAUCAGAACUGUUGCUGCGGCUCAGUGUUCACAGAGGGUCGUUACAGUGUCUCUUAGACUGGGUAGGAAUGGCUGUGAGUGGGGUGGCCGGGACGGGCGAGGAAGGGUGUGGAGUGGCUGUCAAGUGUCUGCAGGACAUUCAAGAUGAGAUGUUGAAAUCUGCUAAUAACUCUGGCUCCAGCCAGACACAAAAAGGGAGCAAUGCUGAAGUUGUAGAACCUACCAUCGUUUUUGAGCCCCUCCCAUCUGAUGUCACUCAUCUCCCUCUGCAUCAGUCUGCACUCUGUCUGCUUAGCCAGGUCUCAAAGCUUGCCGAUCAGUAUGCUAAGUGCACUGUGAAAAGUGGCAUCACAGGUGAAGUCAGUUUCCAUGGCAACAGUUUUGCAAGCAACGAGGAGGUCUAUGUAUGGGGAAGCAACAGUAGUCACCAGCUCGCCGAAGGCAGUAUGGACAAAAUCCUAGUCCCUAAACUGGCGACAUCAUUCGGAAGUGCACAACAGAUUGAGGCUGGCCAGUAUUGCACUUUUGUUAUUUUUCCUGAUGGCUUCGUUCAUGCUUGUGGCAAGGGCAGCUAUGGGAGACUCGGGCUUGGUGACUCUACCAAUCAGACACAGCUGAAAAGACUAAACUUUGACAAUGAGUGUCUGGUGAAGAGUGUGUCCUCGUCCAAAGGGUCAGAUGGACACACCCUGGCGCUGACGCUGGAUGGCAAGGUCUACAGCUGGGGAGAUGGGGAUUAUGGCAAACUAGGUCAUGGGAACAGUCAAACUCAGAAGAUCCCAAAACUGGUGGAGGGAGCCUUAGGAAACAAGGUUGUGUGCUGUAUUGCUGCUGGCUAUAGACACAGUGCUGCUGUCACUGAGGAUGGUGAACUCUACACAUGGGGAGAGGGUGACUAUGGAAGACUUGGCCACGGUGAUAACAACAGCCGGAAUGUGCCUGUUCAAGUCAAAGAUGUGGCAAAUGUUGGCCAGGUGGCUUGUGGCAGCGCCCAUACAGUUUGUGUCUCCCAGGACGGACAGACAGUAUGGUCCUUUGGCAGUGGAGAUAAUGGAAAACUUGGCCACAGUGACACUAACAGGGUUUAUAAACCAAAGGUGAUUGAGGCGCUGCAAGGAAUGGUGAUAAGAAAGGUUUGCUGCGGGAGUCAGUGCAGCCUGGCGCUUACUUCAACUGGCCAGGUGUAUGUGUGGGGAUGUGGCCCGAGCCUUGGCACGGGCUCCGUUGAUGCCACCUCGGCCACGCCCAAGCUGCUACUGGCACUUCAGUCACACAGUGUGGUGGACAUAUCCGUUGGCGACAGCCACUGUGUUGCUCUUACACAAGAUAAUAACGUGUACGCGUGGGGUAACAACUCGAUGGGUCAAUGUGGUCAGGGUCACUGUACCACACCUAUUACCAAACCCAAGAAGGUGCUUGGUCUGGACGGGGUCGCCGUGCACCAGAUCUCAGCGGGAACGUCACAUACUGUCGCCUGGACUGCUCUCCCCAUGGACAGACAAGUGGUUUCCUGGUACCGUGCGUACUGUGUUGAUCUCAAGGAGUCCACAUUCGGUUGUCUGAAAGCUUUCCUGGAGAGAUAUUGCAUUGGUCUGGACUCGGAUCAACCCACUCCCCCGUUCGCGUCAAAAAGCGAGCAUCACAAGUUCGUCUUGCUGUGCUUACGUCUGUUGUCUGUUCAUUUGUCUCUCGCGGUGUCCGCCGGAGCAUCUUCUAACGUACUAGGCGUGCACACUACCUCGCUACGCAAGCUGCUGUUUGGGCUACUAGAUGCGUCCGUAUCAGAAGAAAUCCAAGAAGCUGUAAAUGAUGCGCUGUCUGCGGGUGCUUCGCUGCUUCUACCUCCCCUUCCCGAAAGGAUGGAAGUCCUCCACUCAUUGUUGCCCCAGGCCCCCGAGAGCUGGGAGUCACUAACGUUUGGGGAGCGUAAACAGCUUGGGAUCAUCCUGUCCAGUAUACAAGACCACACCCACGUGGCAUCCCUACUCGGCUUCACCCUCAGCGUCAAAGGUGCCAGCCCAGACGAGGUGCCUCUCAUCAGUACAAGCCUUGCUGACGUACUUAUGAAGACGCUGCUCAGGAAUCUUGCCUUCCACACUGAGAGGUGUUUGGAAUCCAUCGAAAAGUCUAUCACUACCAGCUCUGAAAGCAUCCCAGAGGAGUGUGAGGAGGCGCCACCUCUACACAUACACGACUUACUACUCUCACUGCAGAAACACCUCUUUGCUUAUUGCCACAACGCUACCAGCAACAAUGGCCAGGAGUUAUUCAUGUCUGGUCCCGCUAUCUCUCUACUGCAAAGCCAUCUUUCCUUGUUCUUGCCAUGCGCUGGUGAAAUUCUCGGCAGCGUAUAUCGUCUGUUGGUUGGGCAUGGCAGUGACACGCAUUAUUCUCGGCUGAGGGACAGGAUACUUGACGUUCUGUACGACUCGCCAGCUGGUUCCAUGUUGUCCCUUGUACUACAUUCCCUGACCCUCAUGUCAUUUGAGAUUGUGCAGCCCCUACUGUCUGUCUGCACCUCGCUGUUGCCGUUGUUUGAUCAACUGAACCGGGUUCUCCCUGCCGCAGCAAUCAUGGAGGCGCAGGAGUUGGAAUGGCCAGUACUAGGCACUUCUCAGAAGAUCGACCCAGCAACGAUCGCCCUUCCACAGCCGGCCCAGUCAUGGGUGUGGCUUGUUGACCUGCAGCGUACAUGUGCCCUAUUUAUAGGGCGUGUCUUAGGGGGUAUGCUGACUGGCCCUCCUUUGUCUAGAGACGAGAAAGCAUGUGAGAAAUGGCUGAACGCUCCGCUGUUGGGCUGUGGACUCGAAGACAGAGAUUCUGCCCUAGAAAAAGCAAUGAUUGGCUCUUUAUCCAGUUUGAUGCACGGCUCAGUAUUUGACACAAUUGAGAACGCACGCUCAAGCAUCCCAUCCGAUGUGGUGUUCCUCCUUGACCUUGCUCAUGGGCCUACCAUUGAGGCCGGACAAGCAAUUUGGAAGCAGCUCAAUGCUUUUAGCAAGCUUAGAGAAUGGGAUACGAAGGAAUCCCUGCCCAUCCUGGACACAGCUUGUCGUUACGCCUUCGCCUGCAUCCUCAAGCACUGUGGACUACUACCUGUAGCUAUGCAGAGAACCAAAUCGAAAGAAAUGGUAGACGUGUACCGCUGUGUGUACCGACUAAGAAGCCAGUUGCUCUCCAUCAAGGGAGGUGUGGGGAGCGCUUUGUCGCUGACAAACGACGCCCUAAGUCGCUCAAUGAGCCUGCAGUCUGAGGCAUCAGUCAGCGGCGAUGAGUGCUCCCGAGCUGAGAGUAAACAGAUAGGUAUGGGUGACCUCACAAGUGAUCAGCCCUUCACUGACGCCUGCAAGAAAGUGAUCCAGCGGUGCGUGUUACUUCUGCUCGGCGUCAAAUCCUCCUUUCCUCAAGACGCAGAAUUCCUUGCGCUCAUGUCGACUGCCAACAAGGCCACGUGUGAGCCACAAGCUGCACCGGGGGAUCCUGUUGAAGUGCCGAGACCGGAACCACUACAACUCCACAUUGAGGAGAGCGCAAGUAACACACCUUUGAGCAUAUCCCCGGGAAUAAGCCCGCUACACAGUCCUAGGAGCGAGGAAGACGAACACGGGGCGUUCAGGAUGGUACAAAACCAGCAGGAAGUUGAGAAGAGGAGACUCGAGGCGGUUCGUGAGAUUCUUCGACGCAUCCGAGUUCGACACGAGCGGUCCACAUCUGGCACCGCCAAGGGAACCCGUCUUCCAACCAAAUCCCGCCCAGUGGUCAAGAUCUUAGCGACCAGCGUAGUGGACUUCAUACUCGAAGACACCAGCAUCACACCGCCAGACAUCCUGACGGGUAACAACGACGAAGUGCACGUGACUACAGAUCCCGCUAUUGUGGCGAAUGCAAUGGGAUCACAGCAACAGAGAGCUGUGAUGCGUUUAGAAGGACUGAACUACAUCCUGUCACUUCUGCAACCGGAAGAAGGCACCGUUUCCCCUCCCACUGUCAAUCUACGGUCCCUGCUCCUCUCUACACAACUCCAGCUUCUCUCGGGUGCCCUUGGCCUGGAAGGACUGGGCACAACUCCGCCGGAGAUAACAGAUCAUGUUCAUCUUCUUCAUUAUCAGGACGAUAUCAAGGCAUCAAGCCCCAAAGUUCAGGAGUCCAUCCAAGGAGCUGUCCACCGCUUGUACAAGUACCUUGUUUGUAUGCUACAAGAGGUGAACAGUAGUGACGACUACCCAAGCCACAAUAGAGGUGCUCAAGACAGACAGCAACUUCAGACAGUCUUUGCGCUCAGCAACAAGUCCCGGCCUGCAGACAUUUCCCUCGCUGUCACCUGUAAUCUCCCUGAGAUACUGUACUCGAUGUGCCAUCGCGGAUUAGUCGCGGCCCAACCCAGUCCCUACCAGAACACCAAUGCCAGCGGCAAGUCCCAGUUGCCAAUCAUUGUGCAAGUGGCCAGCAGCAGAUUACUCCAGAUUAUAGCCAUCACUGUUGGAAGUCACGCUGAUAAGCUCCCUGACAAUGUUGUCAACUGUAUGGUCGGCCUCCACUCGAAGCAGCUAGAGACCCUGCUGCAAGCAGCCGGCAGACAUUCUGCAGACAACACCCUGAGCCCUGCCUCCAGCGAGCGCACGGGAGAAACUCACUCACCGAUAGACACAGAGAGUGUAUUCAGCGCAUGCGAGGAACGACGAGUGGCGGAGACAGCACUCUGUGACUUUCUGAUCUUCCUGCGCCGUUUUGCGUCCACCGUGACAGUCCGAUCCAAGAUGGUGACAAAGCAUUGGCUGGAUGCCCUGCUCAGUAUUAUUGCGGUGCCCUCUAAGGAUGAAAACGAGGCUGUGGUGUAUAGUAUGAGGACGAGGCUGCUGACGAUUAACCUGCUCGAAGUGAUACUUCCGGUUUGCCAGCAGCAGCAGCACGCUGACCUCAUGUCUAUGGUGAUGCACGUGCUGUUUGGCUUGAUUGGGCAGUACAUGUGGAACUCUGCGGCACUUCAACAGCCCGACAAAGAGGACGAGCAGCUUUCAACCAGCCAAGGCACAGAGCGCAUCCCUCUAAAAGACGUCGUAUUUGAUGCAGACCACCUGGUGGGGUGUGGUGUUGAAGGAGGGAGCUCGCUAGUACACAGCAGCGCACGUAGGGGCUAUGGACUCGCGGGUAUUGGGAUCAAGUCUGGAUUGUACGAAUGGAAGUUCCACAUCGCCAAGGAGAACCGCGGCAAUGAGGGUACUUGUGUGGGCGUGGCACGUUACCCCAUCACUGAUGACAGUCACCGCUCUUCGCCGGAUAUGUGGCUGUACCGUGCCUAUAGCGGCAACCUGUACCACAAUGGGGAGCAGAACCUGACGCUGUCCGGCUACACACAGGGGGAUUUUCUCACAUGCGUGCUGGACAUGGAGGCACGGACACUUGCAUUCGGAAAAAACGGCGAGGAGCCGCGAGUUGCAUUUGAAGGUAUCGAUGCCACUGAGGUGUAUCCAUGCGUCAUGUUCUACAGUAAUACGCCAGGAGAAAAGGUUACCAUUAAAGACAUGUGCAUGAAGAGUGCCCCUAGGGACCUUUUUCCUGGUAGUCCCCUUUGCGCCCCACUACCUGCUGUCCUGUCCGAGGCCCUAGUGUCCCUGGUUAGGGCCCUCCACAGGAGACCCAACUGGGAGACUGACAUCAACCUGUGCAUACUGGAGGGUCUGCAAUCAAUUAAGUAUAGCGUGGAGACUGGGCGCGAAGGUAUCGAGGAAGAGAGGGAUGAUGUAAGGUUAUCAGACUCCCGUACCAGUCUAACUGACAGGGACACCAACUUGUGCUACACGGUGUGGCCUGCGCUUGCUGUCAUGGGCGGAGUAGACUCUGGACUUCGAGUUGGAGGACGCUGUACCGCCAAGCACUCCUCCAAGGAGGGUACUAUUCUGGGUGUGGCCAACGAGGGUAGUAAGAUGGUGAAGGUGCAGUGGGACGACUGUGAGGCGCCCGUCAGCGAUGUGCUUGUUGCAAAUCUGGAGCACGUUGAGCCACCCAGAUUCGACGUCAUGCGUAUCAAGAAGAUCUCCCCAGAGGUUUUUACCGAUUUGCUGGCCUUGACUGGUUUACUAGAAGACAAUGAUGGACCCCUCCCCCAACCUGACCCGCCAGCCUCCUUUAGCAACCUAAAAAGCGUUUCCAGGAGCUCACUGGACGAGAGGAAGUCCAGGAAACUUCUGGACACCACCCAUGAUGACAAGUCCAUUAACUACCGAGAAGAUUCCAUGGUUACGUUCUUUGACGACCAGAUCAGUUGUGAAGCCAAGGAGCGCUCAGUUUCCUUCAGUGGAGCACUGUUCAAAAAGAGUCGCAGUUUUCCAGAGAUCUCCCGGACGCUAUCCAGAUCUCACCUCGGUUCCAAGACGUCUCUUGCGUCACUCGGUUCUGAGAAAAGCACUGCGUCAUCGUGCUGGGGGUCGCUGCACGACCUGACUGAAUCGAUCAUCAGGGUCAGCGCCCUUAAAGCGUUGGUGGUGCUUCUCAAUUCCAGCCAGUUCCUGGAAUCUCUGUUAUCGUUUGGUACUGGUUCCUGGACCGACGCAGAGAGCGACACGAGCAUGAAGUGGCAGCUUGGUGAUGCUACUAUUGAUGACAGCGAGAUCAGUACUCGCCGCUCCAAGACUUACGGUACCAGGGUUAUACCUGAUCAGGAAACCAGGAAGAAUAUUAGGUCUGAGGACGAAGGGUUCGCUGCUGACCAGGAUACAGUAGGAGUGCUUCAGCAGGUGAUGAUGUGCAUGGUGAAGUGCUCUACUCGCCCCUCACCUGUCAGGCAGGUCGUGCGCUUGGGCGAGCUGGAGAGAGCGCAAACAGUGCUUCUGCACCGCGCCUCCUCGCGUCACUCACGCGAAGAACACGUGCACAACAAGGAAGAAGACUUCCAGGAUGAGCUGAAAGAACUUCCUGAACCGACCUCUGGGCGAAGCAGCCUCGACGACUCCAUUCCCGUUGGCGACCCUUUGCCGGAGAGUAGCCGAUCAAACUCGGAGAUCUCGACAACUCCUCGGUUUACUUUGGGCAGCGCCACGAGUUGCGAGCUGGACGCCGUGUCUCAGAAUCCGGCUGCUGCUGCUGAUGUUGUCAACCUUGUCGUUGGCUCUGCGAUGCAAGGUACAGUGCGCAUGGGCGCUGCUGCUACCCCAUCGACCGCCAACACCCCGCUGCCGUCUGUCAGCACUGCCUCGCCCCAAGUGAUAGAUACUCCACCUGAAGCCGUCUCUUCUUCAUCUCAGCCUCCCACAGAAACCCCUUCUCCUCCUCAGACCAACGCUGAGGUCUCGUCCACUCCCGAGACCCAGCAAGACUCGUCGAGCUUGCCUGAUUUCACGGUGCCGUUGCUGGAGAUGGGAUUCUCACGGCGUCACGUGUUGCAUGCCAUGCAAGCGACCGGGACGCGACCAGGCGCCGACACGCGGAUGAUCAACGUCAUGGUCACGUGGCUACUUGAGCAUACCGUCUCGGACGAUGGGGGCGAGCUGACGUGUGGGCCGUCUGAAGAGAUUUGUAGAUCAGACUCGGAGCCUGAGCCAGCGCCAGCGAUGUAUUUUUCUGAGCCUUCCCCACAGCAACUCUCACAUCCACUUGAAGAUGUGAUCCCCACGCAAAGUUCAAGCGACAUGCUGGAUCGCCCAGACAAUUUCGAGGAAGCGGACAUGGAUCUGGAAGAUAGCGACUUCGAGCCCGGCUCAGACAGGGAGUUACUCGGGCUUUUCUUCCCCGAGCUCUCGGGCCAGUCAGCCGAACAAGAAAACCACCUGACGUGCGACAUCUGCCAGGUAACCGUGCCUCAAUUCAACAAGCACAUGCGCACGCACCACCCAGGGUGUGGUGGCAACUGCAGUCGCCAUGGUUACCGCAGCGAUGGCGUGUACACGGACGGCUGGUUUGGCGGGAUCUGCGGCACAGGGUUACCGUAUUACUUGAUGUGCCCGGAGUGCAGAGACCGCUAUUUGGCGAAGGCGGAGGAAUUAAGGACCCUCGCGGCCAUCAAGGGGGCCAACAUUUCGUAUAACGAUGCCAAGCUGCUAAUGGAAGCGCCAGAUCUGCUGGGUCCACGUGACACUAUCCCAGACGACGAAGAAGGUACAGACGACAAGCCGUCCCCACGCCACGCCUCAACUCACAGUGAUAACAUUCUCGCCUCGCUUGGUCUGACCGAAUGCAAACCUGUGGCUGCAGUUGUUGAGUUUGAGGAGGACGACCCUCUCGGCGCAAACCUGGUCAGCAGUACGCCGUACUACCGCAUGAGCACGUGCUCUGAGGCGACAGCUGAGAGUUCCCGGAUUUCGACUCGGACGCUGGGAGAACAGGCUUCUGCGAUUAUGUCAACUCAUGACAGAGCCCUCGCCCUUAAGCGCAUCACGGUAGCUGCCCAGAUCACUCUUUCCCGAGAGCUUGUACUGAGCAUGCUCAGUCUUCUCUGUACCUCUGCACCGCCCGGCUACCUCCCACAUGGACUAAAAAUCCUCGGCGUUAGUGACGCAAAGACGUUGGUCGAUCUAAUGAGACUUGUAGCCGCUGGCCGGAUAUCUAGUAUCUGCAGCAGCGGAAGUCCAUGUUCCGGGCUCGUGCCCAGUGAUCUCCUGAAGGUCUUAAGUAAGGCUGUGUGCGCCUUGGUGACUAGCGAUCAGGCCUCCUCGCGGCUGCUUUUGGAUUUGUGCGUGGAUGACCUGAUGACUUCAGCGAUCGCCCCAAAGUCUCGAGAGCUAGCAUCUAAGAAGAGCCUGCUUUAUCAGAGGGCAGUGGCAACAGAAAGCGACCCAUGCGCAUCCGACGUGAAGGCUCUUAGUCUGCCAAACUUCAUGGUGACUCAAGCUUUGGUUGAUCUGCUCGCAGCUACUGGAGGAAAAUCAUCUGUAGGUAGAGUCGGAGGCAUGACAGAUCCCGUCCCCCUCCCCCUGGUGAACGCACUGUCCGCCUGCUGUCUAUCGUCAUGGUUACCGACACAGCACCGGAAGUGGGCGUCCAUGGAACUGGUGCGGACUCUAGCGUGUAAGAGCAAACGGAAACAGAAUGAGCAGCUGGCGGGUAGCCUGUGUGCCGAUCUAAACGGUGAUAUCUCGCCGUGCCCAAAGACCAAACUCGAGUCUCAUGCAGGUCAUGUGACAGAGUGUGUAUGGAAUCCUGUAAGGAGUUACCUAGCAACCAGUGGAUCUGAAGGAGUCGUAAACGUGUGGAACAUGGCAGCCAAGUCGCAUAACAUCCUCCAGGAGUCCUACCAUUUCGUCAGCUCACGAGACGAGCCCAAGAGAAGCAUCACGCCAGAGUCACGGCAGGUUACCUGUAUCUGCUUCAAUGCUAAUGGGAAGCUGUUGGCGGGCGCCAUGGAAAACAAGCUCAACAUUUGGAGUUCGGCAGGUAACCAAGGCAACUUGGACAUCCAGCCCCACGUGAUCACCUGCAUGACGUGGCCGGUGUCACGUGGUUUUCUGGAGAGUGGCGUGGUCACCAUGGACUCCUUGCUGAUUGGUCGAGCCGAUGGAUCUGUUGCUGUGGUAGAGGUACUGGACAAGUGCUCCGUGGCCCGAGUUGAGAUGGAACACUGCACCAGAGGCGUGGCUGCAAGCUGUGUCGCUUGGUAUGACGACAGUAACAGCUUUGCUGUAGGAUAUACCGACGGAGCAGUGUGUCUAGCGUUUAAAGACCCUAGUGAGCAAGUCAAGAUGAUACCAGCGCACCAGACUAUGAUUAUUGGACUGAAAUUUAAUGCAACUGGAGUAGCUCUUAUCUCGAGUGCUGUGAAUGAGCCCGUGAAGGUGUGGUACGAAGUGGAAGACGGGGUCAUCCUUCGUCACGUGUUUGAGAUGCCCACGUGCUCCUCCAUCUCAUGCUUCGCACUGCACUGGGACCCGAGUCACGAGGAGGCGGCUGGAAAACUUGCCCUUGGUGGCACGGACGGAACUACGUGUGUCUAUCGAGUGCCCAGGCCCCUGGACCGUGAUACCCUGAAAAAGCUCAUGACCAACCUAAGACGGUCGGACACAGAGAGUCCCAUUCCCACCCUCCCUGAGACUAGUCAGCCAAUCAGCAAGCCCUGUAGCAUCCGGGAUACUAAUAAAACACCUGAUAACAAGAAAGGUAGCGGGUCCGCCCCUAAAGAGAAGGAGAACUGGUCGCGGGUGUAUCAUUUCGCGGACAUCCUCGAGGCUGCCUGGAAGACUGGCACCCAGGACCAGCCCGUCCUUCAGGGCAGCGUGUGCCUCUUUGAGUCAGUCGGGCACGGGGGCGUGGUGGUUGCCAUGGCUUUUGACAAGAGUGGGAUGUUUGUAGCAUCUGGCUGUGACCAAGGCGUGCUCAACAUCUGGUCUGUUCAGGAUGGGGUUGUGGGGCACACGUACAAGCAAGACGGAGCCGUCCUCAGUGUCGUUUGGACUGGGGAUCAGGGUGUCACUGCAGCUUUCAGAGGAUCUAAGACCCCAGUUCUCUUUCACUUCAACGAAGAGUGGUACAAAAAGCACCGGGUGCUGGCCUGGGCACGAGAGCGGCUACGCGUGCAAGGCAUCACGGGCCUAAGCGAGUCUACGUGUUUUCGUGCUCUGUUGGAGAGGCUACCCACCAUUAUGCUGGACCAAUAUAAUUACGAAAAGGCUAAGCUAAGUCGCGGCGAUCAGCUAGUACACAGUCCCUUCCUCCAAUCUCUGGCCGCGUUGACUGUAGGCCUGGACCUAGACCGCGUGAUGUGCCACGCCCUGUCACGUGCACCUAUCCCACCAUGCAGCUGGAAUGAGGCCAAUGCGCUACCCGAGUGGUUGUGGCUUAAGAGUUUCUGUGUGGCGGUGCACGCAGCAGACGCGCUUACAUUUAGAGAGAGAUUUCAGAAGAACUUUCUGGUGCCGAACGAGGAGAAGAUUAGUGAGGACGAGCCUUUCCAGCCACUGGACAACUCCUCGUGGAGCCUGACUAUGGACGAGCAGGUCAUGGCGUGGGCCAUGCGGCGCCCAGAGGACUGGGAGACAGGCGGCAAAUGCGACGCGUACCUGUGGGGUGGGGGCCGGCACGGCCAGUUGGCUGAGUCAGGGAGAGGGGUCAAUGUGCCUACUGUCACCAAGUCGCUAGCAAGCGCGCAGCAGGUCGUUUGCGGUCAGAAUUGUACCUUCGUCGUACAAGUUAAUGGCACCAUACUAGCGUGUGGAGAGGGUAGCUACGGACGCCUCGGAAUGGGCAACUCUGAUGACCUCUUCACGCUUUCCCCAAUAUCCGCACUACAAGGUUACGUCGUGAUUCAGAUCGCGACAUCCCGUGGUUCAGAUGGACACUCUCUCGCGUUGACGGACAGUGGGGAGGUGUUCAGCUGGGGCGAUGGGGACUACGGUAAACUAGGUCACGGUAACAGCGAUAGACAGCGCCGCCCAAGGCAGAUUGAGGCCCUCCGUGGAGAAGAAGUCGUCAACAUGGCGUGCGGGUUCAAACACUCUGCGGUGGUGACAGUGGACGGCAAGCUCUUCACGUUUGGUAAUGGCGACUACGGCAGGCUCGGACAUGGGAACUCCGCUAACAAGAAAACCCCAGAGCGCGUCACGGCGCUGGAGAAGCACGCCAUUGGACAGGUUGCCUGUGGCCUGAACCACACGCUUGUGCUCUCCGCGGAUGGCAACACGGUUUGGGCGUUCGGAGAUGGGGACUACGGAAAGCUAGGGCUAGGCAGCUGCACAGCCAAGACCUCGCCUCAAGCCAUCGACGUACUCGCGGGUAUCGGGUGCAAGAAGAUCUGCUGCGGGACGCAGUUCUCUGUCGUGCUCACCAACGACGGCAGGGUGUUCUCAUUUGGACAAGAGCGUCUGACAGGCCAGCCCGAGGGCCGCCUUCGCGGACCCCAGAAGCCCCAACAGAUCCAAGCUCUCGCCUCGCACUUUAUCGACGAUGUGUGCGUGGGCGCUGAACACGUGCUCGCCCUGACAAGCACAGGGGAGGUGUGGGGAUGGGGAAACAACGUCGAUGGCCAGCUAGGCCUAGGCCACAGCAAUGCGCAGCGGGAACCCUGUGUUAUCCCAGACCUCAAGGGCAAGAAUAUUCGACAGAUCAGCGCGGGAAGGAAUCACAGUGCAGCGUGGACGGCCCCACCUCCUCCCCCGAGAUUCCCUUCUGGGGCGCCCAUGCCGCUUCAGCUGGGCCAUCCCGAGCACACUCCUCCCCAGUUCCCAGCUUUAGCGGAAGUGAGCACGGUAGCCGUGCGGGCGCGGUUGCGCGUGCUUCAUCACUUUUCGGACCUUGUGUACUCUUCUUGGAAGAUGUUCAGCUUAAUGCCUGGGGAGGUUGAAGCUCACGCGUACAACCGCGGCACCAUCGGCUUCGUCCGCGGCCAGUUGCGACCUCUGCUCGCGACCCGCGUGUCUAACUUGCCGAUUGUUCGCGCCAUGGGACGCACAAUGGUGCAAGGGAAGAACUACGGGCCGCAGAUCACAGUCAAGCGACUAAUUGGACGGGGCAAGAAAUCGAAGGCGAUUUUCGUACAGAUAGCUACUCAAGUCACUAAGCUCAAAUCCGCUGACCUGUGCUUGCCGUCGCGGGCAUGGAAGGUUAAGCUAGUUGGAGAAGGCGCGGAUGACGCAGGGGGCGUGUUUGACGAUACCAUCACAGAAAUGUGCCAGGAACUGGAGGAGGGCGUGGUGAAUCUCCUCAUCCACACACCCAACUCUACUGCUGAGGUCGGGUUCAACAGAGACAGAUUCCUUUUGAACCCCGCUGCCACCAGUGAAGACGACCUGGUAUUGUACAAGUUUCUUGGAAUCCUCUUCGGCGUCGCUGUCAGGACCAAAAAACCCCUGGACCUUCAUCUCGCGCCUCUGGUGUGGAAACAGCUUGUCGGCAUACCGCUCACGCCAGACGAUAUCGAGGAGGUCGACCUGUUGUACAUGCAGAGUCUGCGGGGCAUCCGGGACAUCCACGAGAGCGGCGUAGACGAGACUACUUUUGCGGAGAUCAUCCCCAUUGAAACAUUCGAAACCCAGAGCGCGGAUGGUCGCUUUGUUCCCAUGGUCCCUAGCGGUCACAACAUCCACCUCACGUUCUCUAACCGCAGCGAAUACGUGGAGCAGGCGCUCAAGUUCCGUCUGCAGGAGUUCGACCGCCAAGUGGCCGCUGUCCGGGAGGGCAUGGGCUGGAUUCUGCCUGUCCCCCUUCUCUCGUUACUCACCCCUGACAAUCUUGAGCAGUUAGUCUGCGGGUCAGCGGAAGUCAGCGUGGACAUGCUCAAACGUGUCGUCAGGUACCGUGAGAUAGACCCGUCCGACAGCUUGGUCUCGUGGUUAUGGCGUGUACUGGAAUCCUUCACAAACGAGGAGCGGAUCCUGUUCAUGCGCUUCGUGUCCGGCAGAUCCCGACUCCCGGCCAACGUCGGCGACAUAACGCAGCGCUUCCAGCUCGUUAAGCUAGACAGGGGUGUAGACAGCCUUCCCACUGCACAAACCUGCUUCUUUCAGCUUCGCCUUCCCCCCUACUCCAGCCAGGAAGCCAUGGCGAACCGGCUACGCUACGCCAUCAACAACUGCCGCUCUAUCGACAUGGACAACUACAUGCUGACUCGCAAUGCGGACGAGGGAGAUGAGGAGGACGAGUACUACUAGGAAUUCUCCCCGAUCCCACCACUUGCACGGCUAUAUGGGGGCGGGGGAGGGGGAGGGGGAGAGGACGAGUACUACUAGGAAUUCUCCCCGAUCCCACCACUUGCACGGCUAUAUGGGGGCGGGGGAGGGGGAGAGGACAAUUACCAGUAGGCGCUACUUAUCCUCCUUCUCCCCACUUGUACGAUUAUGCGCACAGGAAGGAAAGACUGCUGCGUGUUGUAUUGUACUACUGCGUUUUAUUUUGCCAUGAAUUGUAUAUAUCUGAUAGAAUUGUUUCCCCGUUUGGUACAUAGAAAUUGUUCUAUGGCUGUGAAAUAGGCGUGAAAAUAUGAAGGAGAAAAUGUUUUUCACGUAAAUGCGUAGUUAUCGUAUGAAAAGUUUUGGGUAUUGCCCAAGAAGAUUGUAAUAAGCCAGUUAAGCCUUGAUUUACCAAGGAAUAUUGACGAAAUAUUCUCUUUUUGAGGGCAGCCAAUAAUUUAUGUAAAAAUUAAUUUAGUAUUUCAUACAGCCUUUAUGAGGUUUAAGUUGAUUCUUUUUCUGAUUGGACGAUUGACGAUUCAAGUGCACCCUGGGUAGUACGAUCCAAGUGCACCCUGGGUAGUACGACCCGAAAGUCUCAUGGGUAAUUUGACAAAAGUCUGGGGUUAUGUUAGGGGGACUAUUCUCCGUAAUUUUAACGUUGGUUUUAAGAAGGUAUUAGAGGGAUUUAACAACAUUCAUUCACAAGUGGUUAUUAUGGACAAACAAGUAGUGCAACUUCGGGGACCAAGCGAUACUUCUUCAACCCACAGAGCCCGCCCACUGUGAGCCAGCGGUCUCACGAAAUGGAAAUCGCAUGCGCUUAGGCCUUGUGUCCAAUCUCGCUCCCAGACCCCACCUUCCUUGCCGUUUACACUAAGAUAUGUGGGCUCAAGGAACGCGAUUGGGACCUUUUUCUGCUUUGAAAAUAGCGGGAAACGCAUUGAAUGUGCGCGGGAAACAGUAGAACUUUUAUUCGCGUGCUUUUUCCCGCCUUUUUGGCGCUUACCGCGUGUGUGUCACGUGUGUAACGCUAAAGGACCAGUGAAGGACCCUCAUGAAAAUCUUAUGAAUGUCACCACAAGUACACCAAUACUGGUAACAACGCAAAUGAUAAAUAAAGAUAUUUUUGGAUGAUUUUAUUGAUCAGAGGGUGUUUGUGUAAGAAUUUUAAGUGGUAUUUUUCUGUUGUAAAGUUGGAAUGAGAUUAAAUAUAUUGUUAAAUA